GUCUCUUAGAAGCAUCAACCGACGUCGACAGAACGAGCUUCAUCGGCACCACCAGCAGACAACAUGCCUACUCGGUUUUCCAAGACAAGAAAGCACCGCGGACAUGUUUCCGCCGGUAAGGGCCGUGUCGGCAAGCACAGAAAGCAUCCAGGUGGUCGUGGUAUGGCCGGUGGUCAGCACCACCACCGUACCAACCUCGAUAAGUACCAUCCUGGUUACUUCGGUAAGGUCGGUAUGAGGCACUUCCACCUCCUCCGCAACCACCAGUGGGCCCCCAUCCUCAACAUUGAGAAGCUCUGGACUCUUGUCCCCGCUGAGGCCCGCGAGAAGUACGUCUCUGGUGCCGCCACCGAGACUGCUCCCGUCAUCGACCUCCUCUCCCACGGCUAUGCCAAGCUCCUCGGCAAGGGCCGUCUCCCCCAGGUCCCCAUCGUCGUCCGUGCCCGCUACGUCUCCGCCGAGGCUGAGCGCAAGAUCAAGGAGGCCGGUGGUGUCAUUGAGCUCGUUGCUUAAAUUCUGAAUGCGGCAUGAUAUAUUCAAGGACUGGCGAUUUGGCAUUACGGUACGAGGGAAACCGGAAACGAACCCGAUGGUCAUGGAUCGAACAGUCGGACAGACGAACAACGACAAGAUUCGGUCCCGGAGUCCUGGAUGGGUCAGAGGUGGUUGAAAAUCUCAGCGCCUCGUCUGCAGCAUUUAGGGAAAUGGCAGUUCAUUUGCAUCGCAACAUUGGGUCCGGGAUCUCGUUCACAACCGUGCCAUGCUGCAGACUGGCGAACUCGGGUGGUCCCGAGAGGGUAACCCGGGCCGCGGCUGCGUCGCAAACUGCUGAUUCAGGGGCAAGUAACGAAUAAAUGAAGGCCUAUGCCCGACGGUCGGUUGAUCUCAUCUAUGAGCAUUUCCUUGGCCAUUGUGAAGUUGAACAUUCGUCUAGUAGCCCACUCCCAGCAGACUGGAUUUGUUUGUCCUGUCGUCACG